AUGCAUAAAAUAACAUGUAAAUGUGAACUGUGCAGCCUCGGCCUGUCCCGGAGAAGCCAUUGCUGUAACAGACAUCGCACAUUGUGUUCUGGCCGUUAAUGCACGGCGCGCAGAAAAAUCUUUUCACACUUGCAGGAAACGCAUGCGCGGAGAGGACAGCAACCAGUUCGAGUCAAGUCGAGGCAGACGGAUGUGAUCGAGCCAAAAUAAUCACCUGUAUUCUGGCAUUCAUGGUGACACAUGCAUGGGCUCAGAGCGGGUGGAGAUGCGUAAGAGACAGAUGCAGGUUCAUCAGGAAGCAGCUGCCAGUGUCCUCCAAGCGCGCAACAGAAUGGGGAACACCCCCACCAACGCCUCUAACGCCUGCUGCUUCUGCUGGUGCUGCUGCUGUAGCUGCUCCUGUUUGACUGUUAGGAGUGAAGACGAGACAAUACAGAGGUCCACUUUUGAGCGCAGAACAGAGGGAACCACUAAUUGUGAAGAAAGCCCGAAGCCUACUCUGGAUGACGCUCGCUGCUGGACGAUGUCGUUUGAAAAGGUGAUGAAAAGUGCAGCGGGUCGCGGCUGCUUCAGGCAGUUCCUGCGGACGGAGUUCAGCGAGGAGAACAUGAUGUUCUGGCUCGCCUGCGAGGAGCUCAAAAAGGAGACCAACAGGACCGUGGUGGAGGAGAAAGUCCGUCAGAUAUACGAGGACUUCAUCUCAAUCCUUUCUCCUAAAGAGGUCAGUUUGGACUCACGCGUUCGAGAGGUGAUAAACCGCAACAUGCUGGAGCCGACCUCGCACACGUUCGACGACGCUCAGCUGCAGAUCUACACGCUGAUGCAGAGAGACUCCUACCCCCGCUUCAUCAACUCAUCUGCGUACACAGAUCUGCUGAAGAGCCUGGAGGAGCCUCCCCCCGAGCCAUAGACUCUCCACUGCCGCACACUUUAGCUUUUCAAAAAAUGGCGCAUGCAUCCCGCCCGAAAAGGAGUCUCGUGUUCCUGUUGGGAGUCCUGCUAUUUAGAGAAAGACAGACAGCAAAAUGAACACUACAUAAAACCGGUCUUUAUCCAGCUGUCAACUGCUGUUUAUUUACCCAUGAUUAGCUUACCAAAAUACUUGGAGCAGACAAGAACAAACGCUAUCCAGCAUCGGUCUCUUGUUCGAAAGCAUAUCUAUAUUUUUAUAUAAUCCCUAGCGCUUGACAUUGUACUUUUCUACCUUGUUUAAUGAGGGAAAGCAUGCAUCUGUGAGCACUGCAUUUGUAUUUAGGUAUAUUGUGAGCCUUAAUGCAUAUCCAGUUCUUGUACACUCGAAUAGGUUUUAUUUAACAGUAACUUAAGAAGAAGGAAAGUGCCUUGGAAUAAGAUAUUCUACACUAGCACCACGGGUCUAACAUGAAUGGUGCGACGAUGACCUCACAUGUUGGUGCUUUCAGCUCUUCUCAAAGAUAAAAAGUUUUUACGACUUGUUGAGCUGGCACCCGGAAAUAGAUCUUGUCUGUGUUUCAAUACUGUGAUAUAUUAGUCAUAUUAUAUUUAAUUCAAACAAAAUGUGGGGAAACUGAAUACACGACCGUGACCACUGAUAUAUUUGUGUAUUUAAAAAUACAUUUGUGUGAAAUAGUUAUUGGAAUUCUCACAAAUUAAAUAAAGCACAAUAGUAUGUUGUUUUUGCUGUUGUGUGUUCAACACAUGGUACUAUAUAUUAAAUGCAUCAUAUGUGCGUUGCAUAUUAAGCUGCUUUAAAAUGUACACUUUUCUUUGCAUAUGUUCUUUGUCUGAAAAUACGUGAAAAAUGUCCACCACGUCUCACGAAAGCCUAGGUGGUUGUCUUUAAGUUGUUCUUCUUUUGUCCAACAACAAUCCAAAAUAUAAUGUUUACAAUAAUUCAAAAGGUCCAGUAUGUAGAAUAUAGCGGCAUCUAGUGGUGACGUUGCAGAUUGCAACCAACUGAAACUUCUCCUGUGUGCCAAGCGUGGAGGAGGGAUACGGUGGCCGAAAAUGUUUAGUUUGUCUCUUCCGGGCUACUGUAGAAACAUGGCGGCCGGCUCCGUGAAGAGAGCCUCCUCCUUAAGUAGAUACAAACGGCUCCUUCUAACGAAAACACAACAAUUCUUAGUUUCUAGUUACUCAUGAAAACCUACUUCCCCUUAAAUCUUACAUACUGGACCUUUAAAGAGAGAAAAUAUCAGCAAAUACUUAAAAUUUCAGAAGCUGGAAUCAAGAAAUGUUUUAAUGCUUUAAAUAAAUGAGUAAAUUUAUCGACUAA